AUGGAGGAAGCUUCAUCAAUAGCACCGCCACCACCAAAACCAUCAUGCUGGAGUAGCAUAGUGAAGAAGGAGGCGCCACCUCCUCAACAACCGCCGCCACUUUUAGAUACUCAACAAGUUUUGGAAGAUGCACGUAACAGUCAUGGGAUUUCUGUUGCCAUUGUUGACGCUAAUGCUGUUAUUGCAGGAGGGGACAAUCUUCUUGCUAUUUCUGAUAAGUUUGUGUCUGUCCCGGAGGUUUUGGAGGAAAUCCGUGAUCCUGUUUCUCGGCACAAGCUUUCUUUUCUUCCGUUUACUAUCCAAACCAUGGAACCUACCCCUGAAUCAAUUAACAAAGUUGUCAAAUUUGCUAGGGUUACUGGUGAUCUACAGACUCUUUCAGAUGUUGAUAUUAAACUCAUGGCUCUAACUUAUACUUUGGAGGCUCAAAUUCACGGAACAAAACAUCUCAGAGACAGCCCGCCUCCGGUGCAAACCUUAAAUGUUAAGAGAUUGCCUGAGAAGGACUUGCCGGGAUGGGGUUCGAAUGUUUCCAAUUUGGAAGAAUGGGAAGCAUUGGAUCGCGAAGAGGAUAAUGCAAAUUCAAAUUCGAGAAUCCUUCCUCUGCAGGACUUGAGUUUGACCAUUGUUCCUCAAGAUGAUCUCUCUGUAGAUGGUUCAGUAGAGCAUACGAGUGAAACUACUUUGGAAAUUCUAGACGGUAGUGAACAUGGUGGUUCAAUGAGGCGUAAGAAUUAUCUGCCGAAGAAAAAUGUCAUAAACAUUGAAGGGAAGACAGUGGCUGAUGGUGUUGAUGCAUCUCAAGGACAAGUUGAUGACAAUGAAGGUGAUUGGAUGCCUGCUGUUAGUCGUAGUACUCACAGGAGAUUUCUAAGAAGAAAAGCUAGACGGGAGUACUAUGAUGCAUUAUCCAGUAAUCAAGAUCAACAAGAUAUGGAAGAAAACAUCGAUGGAAGUGUUUGUGAAGAUGACAAGGCUUCAAACCGGGAUGUUCACCAAGGCCAUGAUGAGAACCAUAUUGAAAAUGUUGUUUCCAAGGAUGAUAAGAUAGCAGCAGAGAACAAUGACGGUGAAGCUCUCUCUGCAACUCUGAAGCAAAUGACAUUGGAAAAAAGUUCACUUGAAGUUAAUGAAGAACACAAACCAAGUUUGUCUCCUGAAGAGCCGCAGUCACACAAUGAUAUGGAAAGUGCAUCAGAUGUCAGUGCAUUUCACUCUGAGAUUGCAAGCCAGACAAGUGAAGCUGCUGAUGUUUCAUAUGCAGAUGAUGAUGUCAGUGAGCAAAGUUGGAUGCUUAGAUCUUUGUCUGAAUCAUCUGUGGCCUGCAUAACUGGUGACUUUGCAAUGCAAAAUGUUCUUCUCCAAAUGGGUUUGCGCUUGCUGGCACCUGGAGGAUCACAGAUACACCAGCUGCACAGAUGGAUACUUAAGUGUCAUGCCUGCUUCACUGUUACUGCUGAAAUUGGGAGGAUUUUCUGUCCAAAAUGUGGAAAUGGUGGCACCUUAAGGAAGGUAGCUGUCACUGUUAAUGAAAAUGGCAUAAUGUUGGCAGCCCGUCGACCCCGAGUUACAUUACGUGGCACAAAGUUCUCAUUGCCUUUACCCCAAGGCGGAAGGAAUGCAGUCACAAAAAACGUUAUUCUCCGUGAAGAUCAACUGCCUCAACGAGUACUUCAUCCUAAAACAAAGAAGAAAGCCAACAAGGAUGAUGAGUUCUUUGGGCCAGACGAUGUCUUCAGCCACCACAAUUCUAAGGGAUCUCCGUUCCUGCCUCCCGUAAGGAAAGCACUAGCAGUUUACAGUGGAAAGAGAAAUCCAAAUGACAAUCACUACUCUUCAAAGCGGAAGUAG